CAUGCGCUCAUUGGAAGCACUGGGCGUCGCGCUGCACGCAUCGCUUCUGGUGUUGCUGGCACACGGUACCCAUAAAUCCAGAGAUGGACUCAUUAUGAGGUCUCUGCAGCGGUACUCUCUGACGGAAAGAUCCACGGGACACCACCUGCCAACCUAUAUGAUGCAUCUAUACAGGAAUUUCAGAUCGAACUUCUCUGGGCCUUUGGAUAACAUGGAGCAGGACGCGGCGAAGCGAGCGGACACAGUGAAGAGCUUGAUAUCGAAAAGUCUGACUUACAGACAUGGACGUUGGGUGGCAACCUUUGACCUACACGUGUUACAGACUGACAAGCACAUCCAGGCUGCAGAACUGAGAGUUCGACUUCCUCCACCACAAAAUUCUCCCAACAUCUCUGUGGAAGUGUAUCACCUGCAUCAUGAGCCAGUGGGACUGCUCAAUGAAUCGUCACUGGUCACUUCGUCACACAGCUGGAAGGUGUACAACAUGACAAGCCCCCUGUUGGGCUGGCUGAGGCAGAAAGCAGCUGCAAAAAGCCGAAGCAAAAGAAUAUCAAGGCGUAUGAAAACCUUAGAGAAGAAGAGAUGUCUCCCUAUUCAGCCUGUUUUCGAGAUGAGUGGUCAGGCCUUGCUGGUCGUCUUUUCCCACACAGGGUUUGAUGAAAGCUCGAGGGCUAAAGCCAGUCUGUUGCAUACAGCUGAGCAAUCCAAGUUCUUGUCCCCUGCUGAAAUCAAAAGGGUCUCCUGGCCGAAGAGGCGUAGGAGCAAACGGGGCCAGAGAGAACAAACAGCGAGAAGCCCGCAGGUGUUCAUGAGAGGGGGCGAAAAAUCCCUCUGCCACAGAGUGGACCUGCACAUCGACUUCAAUCAAAUCGGCUGGGGUUCCUGGAUCGUCUUUCCCAAAAGAUACAAUGCCUACCGAUGUGAAGGUUCCUGUCCUGGUCCUUUGGGAGAGGGACUGAAUCCAACAAAUCAUGCUUACAUGCAGAGUCUCCUGAAACAUUACCAUCCCGAACGAGCGGUGCUACCGUGUUGCGCACCAAUCAAAAUGAGCCCUCUGAGCAUGCUGUACUACGAGAACGGAGAGAUGCUCCUUCGACACCACGAAGACAUGAUUGUGGAUGAGUGCGGCUGCCAGUGAACACCACAGCCAAGGACUCAAUUGGUUUGCAGAGUGGCAGGACGGCACAGACAUGUUGUAAAGACACAAAACGAUUCCUGGAAAACAAAAAAGAAAACACUUAGCCUUAGGGGAGGAAAAGCUCUUCGAUAUUUGUGACUGUGUACUGUUAAGACUGCAUCUUAUCCAUCUUCGUAAUUGUGACCUAAAUUUAUGAUGUGGGUGCCAGUUUUUAAGGAGGACAAUGUUAUUUUAAGAAGUACUGAAUGCAUACUCUAAAUGUUGUUUGUUAUUACCUCACAACCUAUCAGUAAUGUAAAUAUGAAAUUGCAUUAUUAAAUAUUCCUGCACUGCUUGUAUUAUUCGUUGCUGUUGCUGUAAAUUAAUGUAUAUUUAUUGUAAAUAUUACAAAUUUAUUUAUGUUGAUUUUGUAUUUUGAAUAGGUUUUGUUUCGCUUAUUAAU